UCCCGCCACGCGGUGCCCCAGCACUUGCGAAGCGUUGUGGGAUUUGUAGUCUUCAUGGCCGCGCAGGUUCAGCGCUUGCCGCCAAAACGAAACUACAAAUCCCAGCAGGUCGUGUGGGACUGCCUGGAAGCGAGGAGGAGGAGGAGGAGGGAAGGAGAGAAAAAUUCCUUCCCUGGAUGCUGGUAAAGAUGGCGGCUUGGGGAAGGAGGCGCGGUAUCACCGGGAUGAGGGAAAGGGGCCCACUGAAUUCAACAGACUGCUAUAUUGUCCGUGAAAUCUACAAUGGGGAAAAUGCACAGGAACAAUUUGAAUACGAGCUGGAGCAAGCCUUGGAGACCCAGUACAAGUAUAUUAUUAUCGAGCCAACUCGAAUUGGAGAUGAGACAGCACGUUGGAUCACAGUUGGGAAUUGCUUGCAUAAAACAUCUGUCAUUGCGGGAUCAGUGUGCCUGUUAGCCCCUUUAGCACUGGCUCCAGAAUAUGCUCGUUACCUAACCCUUCCUAUCGGGGCCAUCAGUGUGGCCUGUGCAGCGCUCUAUGGCAUUUCAUGGCAAUUCGACCCUUGCUGCAAGUACCAAGUGGAGUAUGACACAUGCAAACUCUCCCGGUUACCCCUGAACACACUCACUUCAUCCACGCCUGUGGUUCUGAUUAGAAAAGAUGAUAUUCACAGGAAAAGACUCCACAACACAAUAGCAUUGGCAGCGUUGAUGUACUGUGUUAAGAAAAUUUGUGAGAUCUGUGCAGUAUGAUUGGGACAAAUGGUGCUGUUAUAUCAACCUAAUAGUACUGUUAAUAUGAUAAGUUGUGGCCAGUGGAGAAUGCAGGAACAAGGUCCCAAAUAGAUUUUUCGAAGUAUCUCCCCUUUGUAUACUGCGGUCUCCAGUCCACAUUUUAGUUUUGCCCAUCCCCAUGACCUUGAACUUCUCUAAAAGGCCAUAGUGUAGACCUGACAUUUAUGAGAAAUUCAAUAUAUGCAGAGCUGCUGUUUCAGGUGAUGAACAGGCAAAUGAUCUGUUAUCUUCAUAUUCUGCAAAUUUCUACAAAAAAGGCAUUAUCUGGCUUUUGAGUUAUUCUCCUAUUUUACAGUACAGAAAGAAUUCCCUCAAGGGUCUGAAAUAUAUAUACAGAGUUGAACACUUAUAUUUUUAAAAUUUAAGUGAUAGCUUUGGUAGAUCUUGCCAAUUGAUAUUACUGCAAUUCAGAAACAUUACUGCAUGUGUAUUAUAAAAUGUGAUCUUCACGUUUAUUUCCUGUGCUAGGCUGCAGCACUUGAGAUGAAUUAAUUUAACCUGACAUUCAGUUACUACUUUAAUGGUGCAAUUGUAGCAAGUCAGUUCCAAUUGAAAUUGUUACAUUAAAGACAGAAAAUGAAAUUCACUUGCAAAACAUGAAGUUAGCGUGUCUGAAUUUAAUGUGCGAUAACUCCAUUUGUUUUUUAACGUGGGUUACCACAUUGUGGUCAUGAAUGCUGAAGUUUUAAAGACCGGUGAGGGAGCUAACGCACCUAAAUGUUCAUCAGUGGGGUUUAAAUUUUGUUAAUAGCUCAGGUUCAUCCCCAGUGCUUUACUAUGAAGAAAAGCCCGAGCUUUGUUGCUGCCACUUUUCCUCACUGCUGCAGUAUGAAAUUUACAAUUGAAUUGGAGUUGGAAUCUGUGAAAAUAAUGUUUUGAUGUAGUAAAUAGUUUAAAUUCCAAACCAAAUCCAAGAAAAUUUUGAAAUUAGAAUUUGUCUUUCUAUGCAUUCGAAUGUGGUUCCGGUUUCCCUGCAACCAAGCUGUUGCUAUAAUAUAAAGACCUUUUCCUUAAUUUGGUAAUAAAAGGGACCAUUUUCGGAUGCAAUCACAAUGUCACCAAGAUGCCUCAUUUUAAUUUUGGUGACAUUUUCAUCCCGACUCACGGGUCAGUGCUUUUACUGCAUGUUUUUUAGUAUUUUGUUUUCAUUCCUCCCAGUAAUAUUUCAUUGGAAGCAACAUAAAGUUCUGAAAGGGCAGUGCAGAGGAUUGGAGGGACCCAAGUUGUGGGUUCGGGUCAUACUUUAGGAUUACAAUGCAAUGUAAGAAAGAAUUGCAUUUAUUUUCCUUGGCUUGUGUAAUGGAACUGGUAUUUAUACAAUGCAGUGAUGAACUUUGUGUGUACAAUGGGAUGAUGGUAUGUGUCUGAUUAAAAGUGAGACACUUCAGGCAUAAAGAUUGUUGGGCACGUUAUGCAAAUUAUAUUUUAAAAAAUAAUUUUUUUGAAAACUUUAUAAAUACGUGUAUCUUGGAUGUUCUUAGACAAUCCAAUAAAGAUUGAGAAGAAUUGGUAUUGGAAUUGCUAAAUGACAUGACUUGGUUAGUUUUACCCAACAGAUGGUGAGGUUUAUGCUUUUGAAUGUGGAGGUUGUAUGCAACACUAUACCCUGAUCUAAUGAUGUGCUUGAUGGUGGCUGACACUAACAUUUUCGGUAAAUACUUCAAAGAAUUACCUUAUCUUUUUGUGCUGGAAAUUAACAGAAAUGCUGAGCAAGCACUCUGCUUAUUGCUUGGUGUGUUUUCCCAGAAAAGAAGUUAAAAAGUUUUCUGAAAUGUUUGCCAAGUACAAUCUGGUAUUGAUGCCACUGAAUAGUCGAUAUGAUAAAAUUAAAAGCUUUUUUUUUUAAAUUUAGACAUAUCAAGUGACAUGAAAGAGGGCAUUCUGCAAAAUCGUCACAACUUUGGCUGUUGUAAAUUUUGGCUAUUGGUUGCCCUGUGUAGCUAUAUUGCUAAUGGCCAGCCUCAACAUUUGUAACUUUCACUCUCAUCCCCUCUCGCUGUCAUUUUUGCUCCUCCCUUUUUAUACCUUUCUUACUUUGUACCCUCUUUCCAGGAAAUUUGAUUGUAUGGCAUAUUUCAGUAUCAAAAUGAUCAUGUCCCAUUUUUUACACAGAACCCUAGGUGAGGUGAACACUAGUGUUUUUCUAAGACUGAUGUUCAUCACGAGUACCCAAAGUAAAACCAGGCAAGAGGUAACAUAAAUUACCUUUGUGCCAUUCAAUAAGUUUACUUCAUUUACUUGAGUCAUUUAUUUCAUUUGCUGGGUAAGUUCUUUCCAUAUACCCCAUUAUCUUUGAGUCAUGGUAACUUGUUGACCAGGAGCCAGUAUUACUUCAAUUACUGCCUUAAAUAAUAUUUUAAAUGUUCAACCUUUUCUAAACAUUACACCAUUGUCAGCUUUUAGAUUUUUAAUAUGGUAAACAAUAUGCUAAGUGCACAUUUGUAAGCCAGUGGAAACAAAUUAUGCAGCUGCCAAUGUAGUAAUAUAUACACCAAACUGUAAUAUUCCAAGUUUAACAACUGUACUAUUAAAAUCUGAAACCGCCAGCUAAAGUAAAGGACAACGUAUGUU